CCGCCCGCUCUCCCGCCCGCCCGGGCAAGGGCCGUAUCUCCCCUGCUGGAGCUGAGCCCCAGGCGGAGCGGAUCUCCAGCCCGCACGGCAAUAGCUCCCGGGUCCCGCUCUUCCGCUGCGCUGCGCUCCUUCCCAGGCCCGCUGCGCUCCGCGGCCAUGCAGCGCCGGGGCGCCCUGUUCAGCGUGCCGAGCGGCGGCAGGAAGAUGGCUGCAGGGGACCUGGGCGAGCUGCUGGUGCCGCACAUGCCCACGAUCCGCGUGCCCAGGUCGGGAGACCGUGUCUACAAGAACGAGUGCGCCUUUUCCUACGACUCCCCGAACUCUGAAGGUGGACUCUAUGUAUGCAUGAAUACGUUUUUGGCCUUUGGAAGGGAACACGUUGAAAGGCAUUUUCGAAAAACUGGACAGAGCGUAUACAUGCACCUGAAAAGGCACAUGCGAGAGGUAAGAGCAGCAUCUGCGGGAGCCUUACCCAAAAGGAGGAAUUCCAAGUUAUUUUUAGAUCUGGAUUCGGAUGAUGAUUUAAAUAGUGACGAUUAUGAAUAUGAAGACGAAGCCAAACUUGUUAUAUUCCCAGACCACUAUGAAAUAGCCCUUCCAAACAUCGAGGAGUUGCCAGCCCUGGUAACGAUCGCUUGUGAUGCAGUGCUCAGCUCGAAGUCGCCGUACAGGAAGCAGGACCCCGACACGUGGGAAAAUGAACUGCCGGUAUCGAAGUACGCCAACAACCUCGCCCAGCUGGACAACGGGGUCAGGGUUCCUCCCAGCGGCUGGAAGUGUGCCCGAUGCGACCUGCGGGAAAACCUCUGGCUGAAUCUGACCGAUGGCUCUGUUCUGUGUGGGAAGUGGUUUUUCGACAGCGCAGGGGGCAAUGGCCACGCACUGGAACAUUUCAGAGACAUGGGCUAUCCUCUGGCUGUGAAGCUGGGCACCAUCACACCUGAUGGGGCAGAUGUUUAUUCUUUUCAAGAAGAGGGGCCUGUUUUGGAUCCUCAUUUGGCCAAACACUUAGCACACUUCGGGAUUGACAUGCUUCAUACGAAUGGGACAGAGAAUGGACUCCGGGACAAUGACAUCAAGCCAAGAGUCAGCGAAUGGGAAGUGAUCCAAGAGUCAGGGACUAAGCUGAAGCCCAUGUAUGGACCAGGGUACACGGGCCUGAAGAACCUGGGCAACAGUUGCUACCUCAGUUCUGUUAUGCAGGCCAUCUUCAGCAUCCCAGAGUUCCAGAGAGCGUAUGUGGGAAACCUCCCAAGGAUAUUCGACUACUCACCGUUAGAUCCAACACAGGACUUCAACACACAGAUGACUAAAUUGGGGCACGGCCUCCUCUCUGGCCAGUACUCAAAGCCUCCAGUGAAGUCUGAGCUCAUUGAGCAGGUGAUGAAGGAGGAACACAAGCCUCAACAGAACGGGAUCUCCCCACGCAUGUUCAAGGCCUUUGUCAGCAAGAGCCAUCCAGAAUUUUCUUCUAACAGACAGCAAGAUGCCCAGGAGUUUUUCUUGCACCUGGUCAACCUGGUAGAGAGGAAUCGCAUUGGCUCAGAAAACCCAAGUGACGUUUUCCGGUUUUUGGUGGAAGAGCGCAUUCAGUGUUGUCAGACCCGGAAGGUCCGCUAUACGGAGAGGGUGGACUACCUGAUGCAGUUACCUGUGGCCAUGGAGGCAGCAACCAACAAAGAUGAGCUGAUCGCCUAUGAACUGAUGAGGAGAGAAGCCGAAGCCAACCGAAGACCCCUUCCCGAGCUGGUGCGAGCCAAGAUCCCCUUCAGUGCCUGCCUCCAGGCCUUUGCCGAGCCAGACAACGUGGAGGAUUUCUGGAGCAGCGCCCUGCAGGCCAAGUCUGCAGGGGUGAAAACAUCUCGCUUUGCCUCAUUCCCUGAAUACUUGGUAGUGCAGAUAAAGAAGUUCACUUUUGGUCUUGACUGGGUUCCCAGGAAAUUUGAUGUUUCUAUUGAUAUGCCAGACCUACUAGAUAUCAGCCACCUCAGAGCCAGGGGCUUACAGCCCGGAGAAGAAGAACUUCCAGACAUCAGCCCCCCUAUAGUCAUUCCCGAUGACUCAAAAGAUCGCCUGAUGAACCAGUUGAUAGACCCCGCAGACAUUGACGAAUCCUCCGUGAUGCAGCUGGCUGAGAUGGGCUUCCCUUUGGAAGCUUGCCGCAAGGCUGUGUACUUCACUGGAAACACAGGAGCCGAGGUGGCCUUCAACUGGAUUAUCGUGCACAUGGAGGAACCUGAUUUUGCUGAACCACUGUCCAUCCCUGGGUACGGAGGGGCUGGGGCCUCUGUAUUUGGUGCUACUGGACUGGACAACCAACCUCCUGAGGAAAUUGUGGCUAUCAUCACCUCCAUGGGAUUUCAGCGCAGUCAGGCCGUGCAGGCCCUACGAGCCACGAAUCAUAACCUGGAAAGGGCACUGGACUGGAUCUUCAGCCACCCCGAGUUUGAAGAGGACAGUGACUUCGUGAUUGAGAUGGAGAACAACGCCAAUGCCAACAUCAUGUCUGAGGCCAAGCCUGAAGGGCCCAGAGUCAAGGAUGGAUCUGGAAUGUACGAGUUAUUUGCCUUCAUCAGUCACAUGGGAACAUCUACAAUGUGUGGCCAUUAUGUUUGCCAUAUCAAAAAGGAGGGACGGUGGGUGAUCUACAACGACCACAAAGUUUGUGCCUCAGAACGGCCCCCCAAAGACCUGGGAUAUAUGUACUUUUACCGUAGGAUACCAAGCUAAACCUCACAAGAGCUGGCGACAAGAAGCCAUACACCUUUUUAAUUCGCCAAAAAAGAAAAAAAAAAAAAGAAAAAAAGAAAAGGAAAGGAAAAAAUUCGGGACAGCCGGAUACAAGGGACUUCAUGGCUACUUACUGCUUCUUUCAAGAGCAUGGUCACUCCACUCGACACCCUCUGGAGAAGAACUGGGAAGAAGUUUCUGUUGGUGGCAAUACUCUAUUGUAGGGACUUUUGCUACUGUUCAGGGAGUGGGUGAUGGAAGCAAAGACAUUGGCCACCAGCACAUCAGAUACGGGGUGUCCUUCCCUCUUUUCUACUUAGGGGGUCAGUGGUGAGGCCUCACCUGUGAUAAAAAAAAAUGCCCCGGAACAGGAAAUCAAAACCUGGGCUGAUUUUUAUUUGUGGCAUUAUGUUUUCAUUUCCCACAAUAAUUUCUGACCCAGCUAUGUGUACUAGGACAUCUGCAAUGGAAGCUAUUUUUAAGUUAAAUCAUAUCAGACUUAAUAAUACACUGUAUGAGUGUGUGUGAGAAUGUGUGUGUGACCUUUGUAGUUCACUGGAACUCUGAUGGUGUUGUUCAAAGGCUAAACAGUUGCUCUUAAGCAUAUUUGGGUUAGGCAGGCAAACAUUUUAACAAACCUAUAACUCAGGAACAGUUGUGAAAAAUUAGUUCCCCACUUGGGUUUUAGGAGUCCAAAGGGCUGUAUUGUGGCCUCUAAGUGCUGUCUGCCUUUCAUGUGUGUCUGUGCCAUUUAACAUCGAUGUCAGGUGUCCACGUCUUGUUCUGCUGAGCUUUGCCAAAGGCAGAUGGCUUCUCUUCCUCAGCAGUGUGUUCCCUCAAACUUUUGAGUUCUUUUGUAGUGAGAUAACGGGUCUCUUAAGCGUACUCCUGGAUCAUGUCAAAUGCCCUUGGUUUGUCUGCUUUUCUGGUCUCUGAACUUUCUUAUAUUUUCACUUCUCUCUUCCUCUGGGGCCAGUCUCUGCCCUUGCUGCCUGUCUGCUACGACCCACAGUGUGACCAUGGGCACUUUAAAGAUGUGAGCCGCAGAGACGCUCUUAUAACAUCUGGACAGCUGUCCUUUCUUCCCGGUCAUUUCCGUGUCUUAGCUGCAGCCCGAGAGCAGAGCGGAGCUCUGGGUGUGCUGUGGAGAGGACUGAGCUCGCUCUCACCUGCUUCCUGCUUUUCACCCAAUCCCGGUCUCUGGAGUUUCUAGUUCAGACGAGUUGAUCAAGGGACAAACGAUUUUUCGCUGUCUGUUUCAUAUGGACUUGUUUGAUUGAAAAGAUCUUUCUAGAAACUGCAGAAAAGAAGUAGACCCGACUGGGCUGAGUAAAGCAGAGGCACAGGGUUAGGGUGUGAUGAGUGUGAACAGCCAGGGUUCUAGUAAGCUGGGGCCCUGUCUCAAGGGAAGUCAUAUGUACUGUAAGUCUGGGCUGUGAAGCUGGGGCCAGAGGCCUGGAAACCUGGGUGCUGCCUUGACUGGCUAUGGGUCUUCGCAAAUCCUCCCUUUUAUCUGUGCCUCAUUCUCCUCAUCUGCACAAUGGUGAGGUGACAUAUCUUCUCUUUGUAGCAGGCUUUGAUCAGUGCUGAGGACCCUUCCCAGAGAGGAGAUGGUGGAGCCUGGUAGGCUCCGGGAGAGUUCACACCCUGCCCUCUGGACUUAGCUGAUGCGGUUUCCAUCUGGGAACAAAUGGCAUGGCAGAAGGAGGGAGCACACAAUGCAGUAAUUCUCCACAACACCAUCCCACCAAUGCCCCUUCUGCACUUGUCUCCGAGAUCCCAAGUCUCUGUUAUGUAUGUCCCUUUCUGUCCCCCCAUUCACCCCUAUGGGGAUUUCCACACUAAGCAGCUUCUCUGUAGGGCCACACGUCAUAGAAUAAUGACUCUGAGCAGCCUCAUCGGUGACUGGUUUGCAGUGUUACAAAGCAAGGCCUUUUGUGGGGGUAGGAAGCUCUCUGGAGGUUUGAAUUCAAAUGUGGUCAAAGAUAGCAUGUAUAUUUUGAACAAAAUAAAACUUUUAUAAAAACUUG